CUUCUUCCAAUCCUGCUGUGCCUGGUCAGUGAAUAAUUUCCUGAUGACGGGCCCCAAGGCCUACCUCAUCUACUCCAGCAGCGUGGCGGCCGGGGCACAGAGUGGCAUCGAGGAGUGCAAGUUCCAGUUUGCCUGGGACCGCUGGAACUGCCCUGAGAGGGCAUUGCAGCUCUCCAGCCACGGUGGGCUGCGCAGCGCGAACAGAGAAACCGCCUUUGUCCAUGCCAUCAGCUCUGCAGGCGUCAUGUACACACUGACCCGGAACUGCAGCCUCGGGGAUUUUGACAACUGUGGCUGUGAUGACUCCCGCAAUGGACAACUGGGGGGGCAAGGCUGGCUGUGGGGAGGCUGCAGCGAUAACGUGGGCUUUGGGGAAGCCAUUUCCAAGCAGUUUGUGGAUGCCUUGGAGACUGGACAAGAUGCCAGAGCUGCUAUGAACCUGCAUAACAAUGAGGCGGGUAGAAAGGCAGUGAAAGGGACCAUGAAGCGAACUUGCAAGUGCCACGGUGUGUCAGGGAGCUGCACCACCCAGACCUGCUGGCUGCAGUUGCCCGAGUUUCGGGAGGUGGGAACUUACCUCAAGGAGAGGUACCACAAAGCCCUGAAGGUAGACUUGCUGCAGGGGGCAGGGAACAGCGCUGCCAGCCGGGGUGCCAUCGCUGAGACCUUCAGCUCCAUCUCCAAGAAGGAACUGGUCCAUUUAGAAGACUCUCCUGACUACUGUCUGGAGAACAAGACACUGGGGCUGCUGGGCACAGAGGGCAGGGAGUGCCUGAAGAGGGGCAAGGCACUCAGCAAGUGGGAGAAGCGGAGCUGCCGGCGGCUGUGUGGGGACUGCGGGCUGGCAGUGGAGGAGAGACGAGCUGAGAUGGUGUCCAGCUGCAACUGCAAGUUCCACUGGUGCUGCGCCGUGCGGUGCGAGCAGUGCCGCAAACGGGUCACCAAGUACUUCUGUGUCCGCAAGGAGAAGCGGGAGCGGAGUGGAGGUGGCGGGGCCAGCCGCAAGCUCAAGAGAAGGCUCUGACUUGCUUCCAUGGUCCUGCCUGCCCCUCUCCUCUCCUGCCCUCCCCAUCAGCCCCCGGCACCAUUUCCGUUUGGCAUAGUUUUGUCUCAUUCCCACUGCUGCCUCAUGGGGGAUUGGGCAAGGAAAAAGAGCGUUGUAUGAGUCCCCAGGUCUUGACCACACAGGGCAUUAGUGCAGUGGGUGACGACUUCUGGGGAUACCUUCAAGAUCUGAAGAGC